AUGUUGAGAAACUUAAGACUUAACCUAUUUCCAUCAUAUCUCUCAAGAUCUUAUGCAAUUUCCACACUUCCUCCACCUCACCACACCUCUCCUGAUGAGUCUGCCUCCUCCAAUUGGAAGAAACUUACAAGUAUAACUGCAAAACGGCUUCCAACUGCCAUACUGGCAAAAAUAUUUGUAACUGGCUUUCUUGGUUUCAUAUCAGUGGACCUUCUAUACGCUUGGUAUCGAAACAGAUGUAACGAACGUCUUCUCAAUGAAACUGUGGAAAAGGGCACUCGACCCAAGGUGGGAAUUUCAAAUGACAAGUUUGUUCCUCGACCUGUAGUUGUAGAACGCCUAAAGAAAAUUUUUCAGCCUUAUGAAGAUCAAUCAUUUUAUCAAGUUAUCUGUGGAGAACAUGGGACUGGGAAGACAACAUUGACUAGAAUUUCAGCAAAAGAAGUUGGGCAAGGUGUUAUAUAUGUUGAUAUUCCUGCAAAUAUCAUGAAAUUGGGUGAAGCGAUUGGAAAAGCCAUUAACUUCUCAUUUGAGGAGGAUAUCUCUUUCACGGCACAGCUAUUACGGAAAAUCUUGGGCGAUACUAGUAAGAAAAUCAAAUAUCCCGAGUGGGUGAGAGCUUUGGAUGCCUUUAAGCAUGCUUCCAUAAUAUACAAAAAGAAGUAUGGCAAACCACCAAUUAUUGUUUAUGAUAAUAUCAGCCGACUAGUUUACAAGAAUCCAGAAAUCCUUGAUAUCCUUCAGGAUGAUGCCAAGGAUAAUGCUGAUGACAGAAAAUACAUUGCCGUGUUUGUCAGCAGUGAAGGAAGUGUUCCCCAAAGAAUGGAAUCACGUAGUUCUUGGUCACGGGCAAAGAAACCAGUAAUGGAAAUUGGUGAUCUCAGCGAGAAGGAAUCAAUGGAUUAUCUGGUCAACAAGCGCAAAAUUAGCUCUUCAGAAGCAAAUAAAAUCUAUGAAUUAGUUGGUGGUUGUAUUGUAGAGCUGAAGACUGUGGCGGAUGAUUUCCUGGCUGACAGUCCUUCAAAGCAAAUCUUAAGAGAAGUCGAGAAAAAAUUCCAAUCUGCACAACUCCUCCAAAAACAACCGCAUCAUGAAGUAGGGAAGCACAUCAUCAGUGCUUUAUUGGAUUCUAAGGAGCUUAGCUUUACAGCGUUUAUGGAAUUUUUCAACAAGUACGAAGAUGCCAACGAAGUCUUGGAGACCAAUGUAUUUGCAUAUCACCCAGAGAAAAACACCGUCACAUUUCAGUCUCAAUCG